GUCAGUGUGGUGCGGCAACCAGACACACGGCUCCUUCAGCUUCCACCACGUUCCUCUAAGUUCUGGACGUUCCAGUCCCAUGCCACAGGGCUUCCUCUACAGGCCACCUAGCACAUCAGGACUGGAAGGGUCAGUGUAGACAGGGGUGGGGUUCUGUUUUGUCCUCACAAAGUUGUUUGUACUUGUUCCCCCACACUUCACUUCCAGUUUCCUGCCCAGAUGCUGCCCUGGGUGGAACUGAAGCGCAUUCUUCUUAGUAAAGUAUCACAAGAGUGAAAAAGCAACUAUCCAAUGUACUCGACGCUGCCAUGUGACUGCUCAAUACUCCCUAGGAGACACCAUGGCAGACAGGACAGGGCAAGUUGAACCCUUCCUCAAGCUCUCCGCCUCUGGACAGAGUUCAUGGAAAGCCUCCUCCCUCUGCCAGGGCUCAUAGCCCCUACACACAGAUGCCUGAGCUCCUUGUGGCCUGAAAGCCGGCUGUUUCCAGUUGCCACAGGGCUGUCAUGCUGACAGUGUUCAAGGGUCAGGAAUCCAGGAGCAGCUUAGCUUGGGUGGCUGUCCUGAGUUUUGGUCAAGAUGUUGGUUGGGACUGCAGUCAUCUGGAGGCUGAGAAGGAUCCCCUUCCAAGCGUCACUCCUGAAGCCAUUGGCUUCUUGUCUGCUGUCGGGGUUUUUGUUGUUCUUCUGGCCGUCCUCUUCCUCUUCAUCAACAAGAAGCUGUGUUUUGAAACAUUAGGAAGCUUUGCAUGCCUGGAGCCACCGCGGCAAAGAAAGCACUCCAAAGACAAGACGGGGAUCCACCGAGGUCUGGUCAACAGCUCUGGGGACCAUGAAGAGCUCUCCACGUCUUCCGACAGUGACCAGGAGGUGAUAAAGCAAUUUGAGAUUUCUGUGUCCCGGUCCCAGAGUUUCCGUCCAGGAGCAUCUGAGAGAGGAAGGCAGACCCGACUGGAGCAGAAACCGAAACUCAGCCGUCCGCUGUCUCCCCACCCAGAAGGUAGCGGAGACGUGUCUGCCUGUGAAGAUUUGGAUGGAGCCAGCCCACCAAGUUAUUCUAAGAAUCUCUCUUAUUGUGAAGAUGACCCCAUCUCUGCUCAUGCUCAGUCCCCAUGUGAGAGAGCAGGUACCAGGCACCAUGGUACAUCUCACCAAGAAUCCGGGGAUGCCCGAAGCCUCAGUCGCCAAUCCACAGAUGGGAGCUUGGAGAUGGAGAAAGCCUUUAAUAACCGGGGAUUUGAAGAUUCCUAUGCCACUGACAGUUCCUCCAUGUGGAGUCCAGAGGACCAGGACAGGACCAGUUUGCAGGUACCAUCCGGGGUCUCAGAGCCCAUCUCCAAGUGUGGUGACCUAGAUGUCAUCUUUGAAUAUAGAGCUUUGAGCCAGAAGCUCACAGUGACCAUUGUGAGAGCUCAGGGCCUCCCAGAUAAGGACCGAAGUGGUGUCAACUCCUGGCAAGUUCAUGUGGUGAUGUUGCCCGGUAAGAAGCAGAGGGGCAGGACGAACAUCCAGAGAGGGCCCAACCCUGUCUUCAGGGAGAAGGUCACCUUCACCAAGCUGGAGCCCAGAGAUGUGGCUGCCUGUGCCAUCCGCUUCCGCCUGUACGCUGCCUGUAAAAUGACCCGAGAGAGAAUGAUGGGAGAGAAACUCUUCUAUCUCAGCCACCUGCACCCAGAAGGGGAAAUGAAAGUGACCAUGGUUUUGGAACCAAGAAGUAAUAUAAGUAGUGGGGGGUCUCCACUCAGCCCAUCUGCAGUUUCUCACAGUGACAGUGCUUCAUCCACGCAGUCGCUGUCCCAUGGAGGGGCCCCGGAACUGCUGGUGGGGCUGUCCUACAACGCCACAACAGGGCGGUUAUCUGUGGAAAUGAUCAAAGGCAGCCACUUCCGAAACUUGGCUGUUAACCGCGCUCCUGAUACAUAUGGAAAACUCUUUCUCCUCAAUUCUGUGGGUCAAGAGAUGUCCCGCUGCAAGACAUCCAUUCGCCGUGGGCAGCCCAAUCCUGUCUAUAAGGAGACCUUUGUUUUCCCGGUGGCCCUCUUUCAGCUCUCCGAUGUCACCCUGAUGAUCUCCGUUUAUAACAGGCGCACUAUGAAGCGUAAAGAGAUGAUUGGCUGGAUCGCUCUGGGCCAGAAUAGCAGCGGAGAGGGGGAGCAGGAUCACUGGGAGGAGAUGAAGGAAACCAAAGGCCAGCAGGUGUGCAGGUGGCACGUGCUCCUGGAGUCCUAGGCUUGCGGCCAGCAUUGGUGUACCAUGUCCACCUCCGUCCCCUGUGUUGCUGAUGAGCGACACCAAGUCAGUGCCUCCUGGCAAGGGUUUCGGGCUUCUAAACAGAGAUUCUGCUAACCCCUAGGACAUCUGAGUGGGAGAUUCUUUGGGUUUCUCAGAUGUUUGAUUUGGAUUUAACUACUGUAAUUAAACCCCCCACAUGUACGGCCAAGUGUAAUAUAUGGAAAUGUUAUCACAGUUCAGACCUCUGAUGAUGAGUUAGCUUGUGAUUGUUAAGUUUUGCUUCAGACUAGGAGAGGAAGCUCCUCCUGCUUUCCCUGUUGGCUUAACGAGUAGCCUGAGAUGGCAAGGGAGCUGUAACAUGUAGCCACUUAGGUGUAUGAAUAAGAAUUUUCUUAAUAUGGUGCAAUACCCACCCAAAUCCAGAAAUGAAUCAGAUGCUGAGGUUCGUAGAAGAAUGUACGUGCAACUCCUAAUUCCUUAUUUCACAUUUUUCUCUUUAUCAAAAAAACCCUGUUUACCAAAAAAGUAACUAUUGUACCUUGCACUGAUAAAACAAAUUUGUAUUAAUACCGCUUUUAUCUCACAUAUAUCAUGGUUUCUAUGGGAUUUGUUUAGAUGUGUCAUUUUGAAGAUGGAAAAGAGUUCAGAAACUACCAUUGUAAGACAACUCGUCUACGUUUGAGUACGUAAGAUUUCAAACUUGUAACUUUCAAGGUUCUUAUGCUUUCUCGCCUAAUAAAUUCUUACAGAAAGAGAUAAAAAACCGAAAACCCUCUCUUAGUCAUAGAUUUAUUGAUUUUUCUAGUGUUCUUUGGAUUGUUUUUUCUAUAUUGAAUUAUCUAUACUCAGACGUGUGUUUUGAAUGUACUCCUGCAUGUAAACCAUGUUUGUUUUUAAUGCACUGCUUUCCAUCCUUCGAGUAUGGUAAAUUGCAUACGAUGGGUCUUUAUUACCUAUUGAUUUGAUUCUUCAAUAUGAACAUGUUAUAAUAUGAAUGAAGAAAUAGUCUCAGUUUGUAUGAAAUGACACUCAGUUUUUCUUUGAGCAUUUCAAGUGCCUAUACCUGUCAUUUUUAUGGCAUUUGCAACAACAUAUAUUAGUUGCUAUUUGCAUUCUGGGCACGUGCGGUCCAGAAGAACACUGGUCUUACAUGGUUAUAGCAUGGGGUUUACUUAUGAUUUACUUCACACACUUAUACAGUGUGUUUGUUUUAUUUUUUCAUAGGCCUGAGCUCUUGAUUUCAAUUACUUUAAAUCGGCAGUAAUAAAAAACGGGGGAGGGGAGGAGUGUGUGUACAUUUAACCCUGUGCCCGGGUGCAGCUCUUCUGAGCAAUUGCUCAGUUGCUUAUUUUUAGCUUCUCUGCUUCACUGUUGACUUUUUCCUGUCUGUGAGAAGAGUGAUAGCUAGUGACGGCUGUAUACAGUUAAAACACACAACUCCUCCUCAGCUCUGCAUUUUGACAGAUUGUAAGCGUGGGCUGUAACACUUGAAGAACAUGGUUCUCUUUUGCAGCGCGGAAUGGUUACCCUGACAAGCCCAGAGGAGGGCACAGGAUAACUUUACUAUGAUUUCAGGGCUUGAUCUUUCAAAGAAAUGACUUUAUAUGGAAGAAUCAUAAUGUGUAAAAUAAAUGAAUAUCUUGAUUUCUUUUCAGGUCAGGAGGGUUUCACAGAGGCUGUUCUGUCAUUAGGAAUAAGUAUUAAACCCCGGCUCCUUUGGGGGUUCUACGGACCUUUCUCAGGGAGACCACCAAGUGCUUCUCCAGCAUGAUAGCCACUAACUGCUGAGUGGCCUUUGCAGUGUGGCUAAGUCACUGCCUAGAACUGAGUGCGAUCGAUGAAGUGUGGCACAAAGGAUCAGCUUUUCACACCCCUUCCUCUCUUUACGCCUUGUGUGUAAAGGGAAGCAGAGCCGCCUCUUACGCUCUCCUUUAUGUGGUGACAUAAUAGCAGCAUUCACGUUCAAAUUUACAUUUGAAAAAAAUCUGUAUAUAUUGUACAGACAGCCCUGCGUUUCCCCUCAUAUCCUCCUCUUUGCGGCUGCUGCACCCCUGAGUCGUGGUGCCCAACAAUCACCUGUACUUCCCUGACCCAGCCAUUCUUCAGGUUUUGCGGCUGGUGCCGUGGAGAUACCCCUGUGCACUUGGUCCACUUUCCAGCAGUCUGCGUGUGCCACCUUUUACAGGAAUAUGCAGCGUUUUCAGGGAAGGGAUGCCUGGAAAGCACUUUUUAUUUUUUAUAAUUUGUACUCUGUUGGUGCUGCUCACCAGAGAGGCUGCGUGUACGUCUUGAAUAGACAGCAACAUUCAGCCUCAGCUGAUUGUGUAAACAUAAAAUGCUAAAGACAAGAUACGUUAAAAAGUGGGGCUGGUUUUUUUUUUUUGCCCUGAUUUGAAAUUCUCGUUUAGUUAGAUCUUUUGAUUUUGUACACUUAAACUCCCUUAUUUUCUUGGCAAAGUCUAGACACAAAUGCAUUUAGCAUGUUUUUCACUUGAGCUUUUACAUCUCCGUUUGCUUUUCAAAAGAGUCAUGAAAGAUAAUUAGUCAGUUCUGCAGUGAAAAAACCGCCUUUCCUAUUUCACAUAGCUGAUGAUUACUGUCUCCUAAGGGUCCUGAUAUGGAGGCAGAGCUAGCUGUUGUUGCACGAGUAGUUCUUUCAUUGAUUUUUCCUGAGGAGCAUGCUUUUGAAAUAAUCCUGUUGACAGCAAAUGAAGCACCAAGCUUGUGGACAUCCACUUUGCGGUGUGGCUGCCUUCGGGGCAUACGCGUACACAGGAUCAGGAAGUGCCGGUGUCGCCAUCCACACUGGUGGCUCUCGUAUUCCCUGCUCCCUUCCGACUUCUGUGAAUUUUUUAAAUGGACCAUUCACCAGGUAGCUGAACACCUGCUCUCAGCCCCUUCUCCCUCUCUGGCUCCCACUGUGGCCCACAGUUGUUUUGCUGAUGCCCCAUCACUGUUGGGGGUGGUGGUGGAGGGGCAGCCGUCUGUCCUUCCAUGACUUAAGAAGACUUGGUGAUGCCUUUGUGUGUGUUACACUUGGUAUUUCACCUGCACAGAGUCUGGGAAAGAAUCACCACCACAUUAGCGGGGGUACAGAGAGGGCGAUGUUGCUUUGCCCUUCACCUGGACGUAUUAACUCUGACAUCCUUCAGCGAUAGUUAACUGAUUUCAGACGUCAAUACUCUCCUUAGUGGUAGGUGCUCGUGAGCCUGGAAUACAGCUUCUGCCUCUUCAGUGAGUAGAUCUCGUAAUAUUUUACAAAUUAUAGUUACCUCUUGGUUGGUCACUGUGUAUCACAUCAAUGGCUGUACUAGAUGAUCGUAUGUGGGAACCAAAGCACUUUUCUUUCCAAGUAAAGUAUUAUUUAAAUAGAAGCUACCUUCAGGUUAACUGAGAGUGCUUCCCUGCAGACACUAAACUGAUUUGAUGGAUGAUUCAGUGUGGACAUCAAACUAGGUUUUCCCCAAACCUGACUGUAUGAAGAACAUAAAAGUGAGUAGGAAGGGACGAUUUAUAAGUGACAUAAAACCAAAUAGGGGGGUAUUCUUUACUGAUAAAUAGGACUGCAAAACACAUGUGAUAUCUCCUCUUAUUUUUUGAGGAAACUGUGCUUAAAGAAUGUUCCUUCCAUUCUAUUGGAUUCAAGAAAAAAAGAAAAUGAUAAUUACGAAAUGGUAAAAAUAUUUUUAUUGUAUUUAAAAAAUCAUUCAUUUAGGCAAAGCUAUUAAAAAAAAAAACCCCAAAGUCAUAGAGCAUGUGUACAGAGGAAGCAAAAAAUACACGUUUAGCAUCCACCAGCGUACAGUAUUUAUUCACGAAGAGUAAGCAAAUAAACAAAAAGACAUUUCAGAUUGACUAGCUUUUGUUUUUUCCAAAACUUGUAGGAUUCUGGUUUUCCAGUUAACGAUAGGGGGGAAUAAAACUGUCCUAACACAGUGAAGUUGGCACAGCUCUGUGAAGUUGGCACAGACUGUGGUCUUUGCCUGGGCUUGGAUGGAACUCUGUUAACUGUGUGGCCUUAAGAAAACUCCUUAGCCAGCCUGUGUCCCAGUUUCUUCAACUGGAAAAUGGAAAUAAUAGCUACCUCAUAAAGCUUCUAAAAAGAUAUCAAUGAAAUCACAGAUGUAACAUGUCUAGCAUGGGACCUGGCAUGGAGCUAGCAUUUAGUAUUCCUUCUCAAGACUGUGCUUGAAGAAGAAAACAUUUAAGAUUUAUUUUUCUUCCUUGCAAAGGUAAUUGUAACACUAGAGAAAAAUUAAAAAAGGAUAGGCUCAUAAUGCCAUCCUGGAUAUAUAUAUAUAUAUAUAUAAAAUAAGUCCCAUCAGGACAAGCUAAUCAGAGAUAACCCUGCUAUGUGGAAGACGUUGAGUCUUCAUAGAUGCCAACUAAGGUAUAACUAAGUCUUUAUUUUUUUUUUAUCCCUGAGUUUGGGUGGAGUACCAAACCUUGGUGCUUGUGUACAUCCUGAUAAAUCACCCUCAAGGCCUUCCUCGCCCCAUCUCUACUGUUCCUAAAGGGACAGGGUACCUGGUUGUCCCCAUCAAAAUUGUCAGUGAAGAGGACCAUUUGACUGUAUAUUUCACCUUUGAUCUGAAAAAGUAAAGUAUAUGGUGUAACACUGUGAAGACAGUUUAAAAAAAGGACAAUACUUUUUGUUAACUUGCAUCAUAUAUCCACUUAUAGCCUUAUGGGUAAAAAGUUUUAAAUGGUCCAAUAACACAGAGAUCAAAACUUAUCUAACUCGUCACCUGGGAAGUUCUAUUCAGAACCAUCUAUCACGGUUGCCCUUCCAAGAUCCUGAUGAAAGGAAUUCUGGCAGUUGAUAGUAACUCCUUUCUAAGAUGGUUUUUGAGAGUGACUUGUUGGUGUAAUAGAAAGCAUGUUCUCUCGUUUCAUGCUGAUUCAACCCUUGAGUAAAGAGGAGUUUCCUAAGAACUAAGAAAAACCUCUGUCAACAUUUGAUCUGGAGAAAUAGGAACAAGCCAUCUCACAUCCAUGGUAGCCAGGCACCCGGAACAAGUCAAAGGCUGCUUGUGGUUUUAAACGUAGCAUGAUUCUGGGAUGGAGAACUGUGAGGCUGUCCUUCCGAUUCCGCCAAAUUGCCAAAGUGCUGUCUCAAAUUCUAGGUUUCCCAAGUUAGGAGAAUAAUCUCUUAGCUGAGGGCUUUCAGUGGGGAACACUUCCACAUGUGGGGGAAUUAAAGGGGUUGGAUGGGAGGUGAGAAGGCCGGGGGAUGGUUAUAAUAACAAUUUUCCAAAAUGCAGGGUCUAACCAAGAGGCUGGUGUGCACUUUCUCUUGUUGACCAUAUAGGUUGAUUCAGAGAAUCCACCUAAAAUCAUGUCCAGAGAAUUUAAGUUACAUACAAGGGGAAUUACAUGAAUAUUGUUCCUCAUUAACUCAAAAUGUAUUCUUUGGAUUUCCUCUUGUCUAGCACUGUUCUAUUUGGGAGAGCAAAGCAUUUAAAAUCUUUUUGGAGUGCUGUGACCGCACAUUGAAGCAGUCAGUCAUCGUAAAAACAGUGCUUACCAGUAUACAGUUGUUCAGUUGGUCUAAUCACAGGCCGUAAAAGUAGAGUUCUUUUCUUUUUUUUUUUUUUUUUUGUAGAGACAGAGUCUCACUUUAUGGUCCUCGGUAGAGUGCCGUGGCCUCACACAGCUCACAGCAACCUCCAGCUCCUGGGCUUAAGCGAUUCUCUUGCCUCAGCCUCCCGAGUAGCUGGGACUACAGGCGCCCGCCACAACGCCCGGCUAUUGUAGAGUUCUUUUCUAUGAGUUCUUGGAAGAAGGUGAAACCUACUGGCUGAACUUAUUGGGAAGAGCUUCUAGCAAACCCCAGAUUUGCAGUGAGCCUCGGUGGCAUUAGAGGAGGGAUGGCCAAGGAAGGUCACAGAGUCAUCAUCUUUGAACGUCUUGUGAGAUGGAAAAAUCUGCCUGAAAUGCUGACUCUGUGUAAAGAAUGGAAGGGCCCAGGAAUGAAGCCUUUAUGGAGUUCUUUCUAAGUCUGAUAUUUUGGGUGCAGCCUUAAAACAGAAACAGUAACAACUCUCUGCACUUGUCCUCUUCCCCUGGGGACACUUUUCCCACAUUGAUUUUUCUCUGCAUCAUAGAAGAUUUUCUCUGAGGGGUUUCUGUCUGGGUUUUGUUGAGGCGACUUUGUUUAGGCUCAGGCUGAUUUCCUCUCCUACGGUGCUUGGACAGUUUUUGUUUCCCUUGAGUCACAAAGCAGCAUCUUGAUCCUGGACACACAGGCACAGACAAUAAUUACCUAUAUUUAUAGCCACCGUGAAACCUGUGAAACAGCUUGAGGCUUUGCAGAGCGAACUCGGAGGCAGGCCUGGAAAUCUGUGGCCAUUCUUAGAAUCCAGCCAGUGAGCGUGGCUAACUGCUCCCCCUUGCUCACUAAUGCAGCUCCGUGGGAGUUUUCGCUUCAUAUUUUUAGUGACAGAGUUACCAGUUCUUCUCUGAGGUGAUGAGAAGGCCGACUUCCCACUGGUAUUGCCCCAUUGAUGCGUUGUUUUGGUUUCCUUCAUUUUCCUGUUGAAGUAUCUACCUGUUGGUUUUUAUUAUUUUAGUUUAUCCAUCAGCUAUUCACUCACAAAGGCCUUUAUUAAAUGUAAUGUGUCCCAGACUCUAGGCUAGGGGCUGGAGAACAGUGGAUAAGUUAAGCAGUUAUUUUUAUUUCUAAAUAUAUAUUAUUCAAAAAAAAAAAUUUUUUUUUUUUGCAGUUUUUUGGCCAGAGCUGGGUUUGAACCCCCCACCUCCAGUACAUGGGGCCAGCGCCCUACUCCUUUGAGCCACAGGCACCACCCUAUUUCUAAAUAUUUUUAUUAAAGAAAACUAGAUUCUGAUAAGAACUCUAGAUAAACAGUAAUAUCCUUUAUUACCCUUUAAUUUUUGGCUUAAUAUGCAUUCUCUUUACCCCUCUGGAAGACAGAGGAUUUAACCAACGUAGAAGUUUUUACUCUGUCUCUAGUUAAGAAAUAAAUAUACCAUUCUUGUGAUGCUUUACUAAGAAUAAUGUCUUCCACUUCCAUCCAGGUUAAUAAGAAGGAUAUAAAGUCUCCAUUUUUUUAAAUAGCUGAAUAGUGUUCCAUGGUAUACAUAUACCACAGCUUGUUAAUCCAUUCCUGGGUUGGUGGGCAUUUAGGCUGUUUCCACAUUUUGGCGAUUGUAAAUUGAGCUGCAAUAAACAGUCUAGUACAAUGCCCAGUAAUGGGAUUGCAGGUCUAGCUUGAGUUCUUUGAGGUUUCUCCGUACUUCCUUCCAGAAAGGUUGUACUAGUUUGCAGUCCCACCAGCAGUGUAAAAGUGUUCCCUUCUCUCCACAUCCAUGCCAGCAUCUGCAGUUUUGAGAUUUUGCGAUGUGGGCCAUUCUCACUGGGGUUAGAUGGUAUCUCACCGUGGUUUUGAUAUGCAUUUCGCAUGAAUCCUAUGUACUCAAUUUUGAUAUGAGGACAAUUAAUGACAAUUAAGGU